AUGCUGGGGAUUGUCCUGCUGCUGCUGGCCCUGGCCAAGCUGGCGUGCCCGAGUCCGGCUGGUGUGGCGAGCCAGCGGGCUGAGGCGCUGAAGAGGCUCUUGGAAGUUUUUGGCAUGGAAGACCCACCGCCCCCCCCCGCUCACUUCAAGCAGCCGCCCCAGUACAUGGUGGAUCUAUUCAACACUGUUGCCAACGCGGAUGGUGUCACCAAGAACCCCGGCAUCCUGGAGGGCAACACGGUCCGCAGCUUCUUAGAUAAAACUCACAGCGAGAAGAUGCGUUUCUUCUUCAUCAUCUCCAGCGUGGCCAAGAAUGAGAAAAUCCUGACAGCAGAGCUGCAUCUCUUCCGCCUCUGGCCGAGGGCCACUGACGGGCCCAAAAGGCACCACUUCUGCCAGGUCAGCGUCUACCAAGUGCUGGAGAAGAGUGAGCCGGACGCCCCCGGAGGGAAGAAGCUGCUGGCAGCCAGGCUCGUUUCGCUGCAGGGCUCGGGCUGGGAGGUCUUUGCCAUCACACAGGCCGUUCAUGACUGGACUGAAGAUGAAAGCAGCAACCAGGGUUUGCUGGUGACAGUCCAGGACCUGAGCGGGAGCACGCUUGACCCUCCCCCACUGCAGUUUGCAUCAGGGAGGGACCACCAUGAGAGCAAGAAGCCUAUGUUGGUCCUGUUCACAGACGACGGGCGCCGGGGAGCGUCCCUGCCCACGGCUGGCUUCCCAGAUGUACAGCCUCAGGCUCCCAUUCUGCCUGCCAGGAUGCCAGUGCCCAGAUUGGCUGGGCCACGCAGCACACGCUCGCUAGACCGGCUCCAGCCGUGCCAGAGGCAUCCCUUAUCUGUGGACUUCGAGGAGAUUGGCUGGUCUGGCUGGAUCAUCUCACCGCGAGGGUACAACGCCUACCACUGCAAGGGCUCCUGCCCCUUCCCACUGGGUGAGAACAUGCGGCCAACAAACCACGCCACCGUGCAGUCCAUCAUCAACGCCCUCAAGCUGAGUGAGGGCGUCAGCAGCCCCUGCUGCGUGCCCGACAAACUCUAUUCCAUCAACCUGCUCUACUUCGACGAUGAUGAGAACGUGGUCCUCAAGCAGUACGAUGACAUGGUGGCCGGGAGCUGCGGCUGGCACCGAAGGCAGGAGGAGCCAGAAGGCAGAAACAGGCUGCUCUGGCUCCCUCUGGAGCACCUAUGCAGGGGUCUCUGCCCUGCAACCCCCUGCAAAAGGUUUGCAAGGUGA